AUGUUGCGACCAUUGACACGUGCAGGAGCCCUGAGCUCACUGACUCGACCAGCAGCUGUCCGAACGGCCUUCAGAUCACUGCAUUGCUCUCGACCCGCGCUUCAGACACACACCCCGCUGUCGCGAGGCAAAAAGUUCCUCAAAUUCAGCCUUGCUACUUUUGGAGCCAUUGGCCUGGGAGCUACCGCUCUGGUUGUCUCCUUCCUGGUUUACGACAUUUCCUCUUAUAAGGAGAUUGAUGACUGUGGUGACAUUGACGUUCAUGCUCUUGCCCUGUCACCUAGAAGAGGAGGACCCAAGAACCUACCCAUUUUCGACUCGUGGCUGGAUGAUACCGACACUCCGGAAAAAGCUGAAAGCUCCAGCAAGCCUCGUCUGGUGGUUCUGGGCUCCGGCUGGGGAUCUGUAGCUCUGCUCAAUGCCCUCAAACCCGGCGAUUACAACGUGACUCUCAUUUCUCCCUCAAACUACUUCCUGUUCACCCCCAUGCUUCCCUCUGCCACCGUUGGCACUCUCGAGCUGCGAUCUAUCACUGAACCCGUGCGACGAAUCUGUGCUGCGGCUGCUGCUCACUUUGUCAACGCCUCUGCCAACAACAUUGACUUCAAGGAGCGUCUUAUUGAGUGUUCCCAGAGAGACCCAGUGACCGGAGACACUGUCAACUUCUAUGUUCCCUACGAUAAGGUCGUUGUCGGUGUUGGAUGCACUACCAAUACCCACGGAGUCAAGGGCCUGCAAUACUGUCACUUCCUCAAGACCGUUGACGACUCGAAGAGUAUCCGAAACCAGUUGGUUGCCAACCUUGAAAAGGCCGCUCUCCCCUCUACUUCUAUCGAUGAGCGAAAGCGUCUGCUUUCGUUUGUUGUCUGUGGAGGAGGACCCACUGGAGUGGAGAUGGCUGCCGAGGUCUACGAUCUGAUGAACGAGGAUCUGGCCAAGCACUACCCCAAGGCCCUGCGAAACCUUGUCUCUGUCCACGUCAUCCAGUCUCGAUCUGCCAUCCUUAACACCUUUGACCAUUCCGUCUCCGAGUACGCGAUGGAGCGAUUCAAGCACGACAACAUCGAUCUUCUGAUCAAUUCGCGAGUUGUUGAGGUCAAGGAGGACCGAGUGCUAUUCUCCCAGGCUGACCCCAAGGACCCCUCCAAGAAGAUCAUCAAGGAGGUGCCCUUCGGUCUCUGUCUGUGGUCCACCGGUGUUGAUCAAUCUCCUCUUACUAAGUCCAUUGUUAAGGACAUUGGAGCUCCCAACCAGACCAACAGACGAGCCAUUGAGACCGACCCUCAGCUGCGAAUUCUCGGAACCCCGGAGGGACAGGCCUACGCUAUUGGUGACUGCUCUACUGUUCGAACACAUGUUCUCGACACGGCUCUAGAUAUUCUAAAGUCCCACGUUCUUGCUUCUCGACCCUUCUCUGCCAACACUCAGGAGACUCCCGAGGCACUCGAAAAGCGAGUUCACGAGAUCAAAUUGACCGUUGGAGAAGUUAAGCGACUGACUGCUGUUCUGCAGAAGACUCUGCCCGACUCUUCCGAGCAUUUUGUCAGAAUUGAUGAGCUGUUCCAGGAGUAUGAUGCCGAUCACAGCGGAACUCUUUCCUACUCGGAACUCACCAAGAUGCUCAAAGACGUGGACCAGAAGAUCACAUCUUUGCCCGCCACUGCCCAGCGAGCUAACCAGCAGGGUGUCUAUCUCGGAAAGAAGCUCCGAAAGAUUGCCUCUAUCGGAGCUGCUGCCUACGACACACCUGUUCCCUACGGAGACAUUGACGCCGCCUACUACAAGCCUUUCAAGUACAAGCACCUCGGAAACCUGGCCUACCUCGGUAAUGCCGCUGUAUUCGAUUUCGGCAAGCACGGAACCUUCACCGGAGGUCUUCUGGGCAUGUACAUCUGGCGAUCUGCCUACUUUUCGCAGUGUGUUUCUUUCCGAACCCGAGCUCUUAUGUUUCAGGAUUGGCUCAAGCGAGGUCUGUUUGGACGAGACUUCAUCGCCCCUUAG